AUGGUCGUCUCGCGGCUUGACGCGCUCCAGAAGCAUCAAAGGGCGGGUACUGCGGGGCGUUCCGCUCAGCUGUGGGUCCCACCACGCCCGGCAACACCCUACCCUGAUCCCCGACCGCUUAGCAAGGAAAAUUAUCUCCUUCCACUGAAGAGGAGACUUGGUACGGACGACCUUGAAGUUGAAGAUCAGGUUAGUAACGACGAGGAGACAGCGCCGGCCCCUAAGAGGCAGCGUCUUUUUGACGAGACGACCUUCACCCCCUCGAGCACGGCGAACAGGAACCUGUCGGCUUCUUCGCCCCCGCGGAGUACGUUAAGCAGGGACCCCUCGAUGCCCCCAUCCCCGCGUAUGAAAACGUCAAGCAGGAACCCAUCGACGCCCUCAUCCCCACGUACAGCAGGAGCCAGCCUAUGCAUCGUUCUUGGUCCACGUGCAACCACAGGGAAUCUUAAAUCCCUAUAUGUACGUUCCUCUUCGACCUCCGUGUACGAGCAUGCCAAGGAGGAACCUGUCGACGCCGUGAUCCCCAAUAACAGCCAUGUUCAGCAAAAGCCAGCCUAUGCACCGUUCCAGGUGCAGGUGCGACCACAGGUAGUCCUCCAUCCAUACAUGUACGUCCCACUCCUGCGCGGCGAGUCGCGGGUCAUCCGCAGGGUACGUGUGGAGUGGGAAAUGCCCGUCAAGUAUGAGGAGGACUCCGACACGAAGGAUGAGAGGCCCAUCAAGCCACUCCCAAGGAGAGUGGAGCGCGUGCGUGUCAAGGAGGAGGACACAGAUCCUAGCCCUAGGUCUCUCACAUUCAGUGGGCCAUCAAGUGGGGAUGAUGUCCCGCCCGUACCGGCUCGAAGGCUAGUACCCUACGAAAGCUCGGACGACGAGUCUGAAGAAGACGAUAGCCACUUGUCGCCGACAAGGGGCUCACAAUCGAACGUCAUAUAUGAUCCAGAGGAAAUCGAGAGACAGCUCGAAAUGUUGCCACUGUCCGUGGAGGAGCAGGCGCGGCAAGAUGCCGAGGCUCACGCAGAACUGUACGGUCAUAGCCCGCGUGGCGACCUUCCUCUUCGCCUGCGCUCUGGCUCUAUGGCCGCGAAAACACACGCUGAGGAUUCGAGUCCCGGCACUGGAAGCUCAAGCGCGCCGACUUUCGUUUCUCCUGACGAGCCGCCCAGGAAAAAACCUCGUACUACCAAGUCGCCCACAAAGCCGCGCACGGUGUCGCCCCGGAAGAAAAAGGCGCACCUCCCUCGCCGUAUAAGAAGACAUAUGCGCGCCCCGCGGGCACUCGUUCGAGCGGGCGCUGUCGAAGAACAGAAGAAGAUAGUCAAGACCAAUGGGAAGGCGAGAGUGGAUGAUGGGUACAAGUUGUCCGGCCACGAUAGCUGGAUAUCGCUGGGACAGAAUUCAUCACCAUAUCAAAACAAAACAACUGGGAGCUCCAAUGAUGGCGAAGGGCCAUCAACUACAGCAGCCCAGACACUUUCAUUCGGACGUGGUGAAGAGUAG